GAAUCCUUUGCGGCAGUUUGCGUCACCGUAAUAGGCACAUGGGGAAUGAAAUAAUUAACACCUACGAUUUGAGAUGUAAUUACAGGCUCAGCCGCUUGGUGAUCGUGCUCACAUUCCUGCUGUCGGAUGUGCACAAUUCAAAAACGGGUGACGGAUAUUUGCGGGACGGCAACGACGUGUGGCUAGACGUUUGCAUGACGACGGAAUCCCUAUUAAGCCGCUGCAUGUCGUACGGUUCCCGGAACGUCGACCGAUUCCUUCCACUUGUGCAGGAGUGCAUCAAGCGCAGGAGUCUGAAGGCGUUGGACAGGACGAUCAGUCGGGAUUACAUUAGGAUAGCGGACGGGGUCGAAUUGGUCCGGAAACGAUUGGCGAACGCCACUUUGAACAGGUCGCCUAAAAGUAAAAGAAAUAUAGGAGUAAGUUACCAGGAAUCGUCUGACGUCGAUACGGAUUGGAAAAGUCAAGUGACGAAAAGGAUCGCCCACGUAUUGGAAACUCACGUGCUUAAGAUCAAUCUCAAAGGGGCAGAUAAGCUGCGAUCCGAAGACGUCGAAGGUCGUCGAAGAAAAGACAAGGACAUGUCCGGCCUCCUAAUGUUCAGUUUCAUCGCCAUGGGCAUGAUCAUGGUCCCACUGGGUUUCCAAUUCCUCGCAGUGCUCGGUGGUAAAGCCCUACUGCUAGCCAAGAUGGCCCUGUUACUCGCCUCCAUUCAGGGCUUAAAGAAACUGGCUACCAGCAACCUGAACUACGGAUUUUAUCAAACCACUUACGAACAAGAACACGAUCACGGACAUGGACACGGACAUUGGCAUUACGACCGACAUUGGCCUUACGAGGGAAAUACCCAAGAACCGCACCAACAGGUCGCUUAUUACCAACAACAAUAUCCGCCCAAUAACAACCCGAAGGACUACUCAAACGGUUAUCCAAACCCACGAUAUGAUUAAAGGAUAACCCUCCGCAUUUGGGGAUUACUAUUAUUGUGUUAAAUGGUGGAAUUAUUCUUUUAAGAACAAACUAUUUUGUUUUUAAAUUAUUGAAAAAUAUUUAAAUAUUUGUUUAAUUUGUUUGAAAAUUAUAAUACAAUUUAUACGUCGUAUCAAAAUUAAAAUCAAAAUGUUACUUGUCUAAAUUUAUUUUAUAAUUUUAUAGGAAACAGGUUUCUGGCAUGAUUAUCAGCGAAGAUAAGUCAAUACAAAAUUCUCAUCAUAUGAAUGUUUUAGUUAAUAUUUUAUAAUAAUUAUUUUACAAAUCAUUACAUUAAAAGCAUUUUCCAUAUAAACUAAGUAUAGUUAAGUUAUUCAUAUUUAUUGAAUUAAUAAUUAUAAAAUAAAUAAAUUUCGUCACUUU